AUGUCGGUUAUCGAAAAUUUUGAGGUGUCUCCGCUGCUGCAGAAGUCUAAUUUCGUCAGGCCUUUUCGGAUAACUUUUCAAAAGAAUGGGGUUAAUCGUUACUGGGACGGCGUAAAAUCGCAUGACGGUCUCCUUGAGAUCUGUAGGGUAUCCAUCCUUAUAUUCAAUAAAGAUCGAAGGAGCUUUGUAUUCGUAAAACAGUUUCGUCCAGUGGUGUAUUAUACCUGUUUGCGAAAACUCGAGGGUGAGGAUGCCACUUCAGUAUCAGCCGAACCUCAUACACCAAUUGGAGCUGAUGGUAAACCAAUCUCCCUUCCUUCCUCAGCUGGUGAAACACUGGAACUCUGCGCCGGUAUUGUCGAUAAGGCCGGAGUCAGCUUGGAAGAAAUUGCCGCAGAUGAAGUCUUUGAGGAAUGUGGCUACCGCGUUGAACCGUCAAGGUUGACGAAAAUAACAAGCAUGGCAUCGAGUGUGGGCCUCAGCGGCACAAGUGGCACUCUAUUCUACGUCGAAGUCACCGACAGUGACCUGGUUCCUUCAGCGGGUGGUGGGAACGAAGAAGAGGGCGAAUCAAUCGAGGUUGUUUACUGGCCCAUUGAACGCUCGUCGGAAUUGCUCUCAAUGACAGAAACCAAGAUUCCCGUUUCGGCGCAACUUCUUCUUGGUGUGCUCUGGUUCCAGCAGAAUGUCAAGAACCUUUAG